AUGACGGCUUCUGUGAAUGCGACUGGGACCGAUAUUCGGCCAGUCAGUUCCAAGGGCGCCGAUGGGCACCUAGGGCCGGACAAGACGGGGCUCGCCGAGAAACCUGCGGCAGUGACUAGCCCCGAGAAGUCUCCGCCGCCGGCAUCGUCAAGAGACACCGCACUCCCCAUCUCAAGCGGGAGCGAGGAAACUACUGACGCCGACGACGACGAUGACGAUGGCUAUCCCGAAGGAGGCUUGAGGGCCUGGCUCGUAGUACUAGGAUCGUGGCUCGCCUUGUUCUCGUCGCUGGGCCUCAUGAAUUCCCUCGCAACCUUUCAAGCCUACGUGUCGACGCACCAGCUCGCCGGACACAGUAGCGGCCAGAUUGGCUGGAUCUUUUCCCUUUACACGUUCCUCGCCUUCUUCUGCGGCAUCUACAUUGGACCAAUCUUUGACAAGUACGGCCCGCGAUGGCUCGUCCUCGCGGGCACUAUUCUCCAGCUUGCGAGCCUCAUCUUUUUCAGUUUUAGUACCACGCGUGGGCUGGGGUGGGCCAUUCGCAUCCUCGCGCUCAUCUCGCUGACGCUGUGCGGCCUGUCCAACUUCCUCAUCCGCUCGCGCCUCCCGCCGGCGCAAAACGCCAACGUGCACCCCGACUUCCGCAUCUUCCAAAACGUCACCUUUUCCUGGACGACGCUGGGCAUCUUCCUCAUCGAGUUCGCGCUCUUCAUCCCGCUCACCUACAUCACCAGCUACAUGCUGUACAAGGGGUUCGACCCGACGUUUUCCUUCAACAUGCUAGCGGUGCUCAACGCGGGCUCGGCGCUCGGCCGCGCGCUCCCCGGCUACUGGGGCGACAAGGUUGGCCCGUUCAACUCCAACAUCGCGGCCAUCGUCUUGGCCAUCAUCGCCUGCUUCGCCGUGUGGCUCCCCGCGGGCCACACGACGGCGGGCAUCGUCGUGUUCAUGUUCCUCAUCGGCUUCUCGAGCGGGAACAACAUCAGCAUCAGCCCCGUGUGCAUCGGGCGCCUGUGCAAGACGCAGCAUUACGGCCGCUACUACGCGACGUGCUACACCUUGGUAGCGGUGGCGUGCCUCGUCAGCAUCCCGAUCGGAGGCGAGAUCCUGAGCUCCAACGGCGGGGACUACUGGGGCCUGAUUAUCUGCACGGGCACCGUGUAUUUCGGGGGUGGCUCCGCCAUGUUCAUCUCACGAGUCGAGUACUCCGACGACGCACAUGACAUGGCUGCGAUGGAUGCGGAUUACCAGCCAGCUCCUCGGAGCAAUGCCGAGACAGUCCUAGAUGAUGUUUUCGGGGCCAGCGGCUCCGAGCCCUCCGACGGCUUCGAGCCCAGAGGGCAGCCUGCAAUGCCGUCCGACAUGCCACGGCUCGAGAGGGAACACGCGACCGCAGGCUACCGCGACGGCAUCACGGCAGCCAAGGCACUCAGCGUGCAGGCUGGCUUCGACGAGGGUUUCAGCCUAGGAGCCUCGAUAGGGUCCAAGGUGGGCCAAGUGCUCGGGCUCCUUGACGGCAUUGCCGAAUCCGUGAGCGGUGGCACUUUACCGGGCGGGUCUUGCGGGGUUAACGAGACCGCGGCAGACCCCGAGGGCAAGGGCCAGGUAGAGCCUCUUCUGGGGGAAGGGUCAGAUGACAAAAACGCCAGCGACGACGACGACAAGCUUAGGAUCACCCGCCUGUCGCGGACCGCGAGGGAGGCGCUGAAAGUAGAGGCGGUAUUUGGGGCCGACUACUGGUUCCCCGACGGCACGUGGAAGUUUGACGUGGUGCGAGGGGCAAGCGACGCGACAGAGCCGGAAGACAUCGUCUUUGAGGAUGUGGCCAACGCUCACCCCUUGAUCCGCGAGUGGACCGCCGUGGCAGAGGAGGAGGCGCGGCGAUGGGGGUCAACAUGGACGUGCUGGCCGUGA